UGUCACGACAUGCCUAUCGUCUCAUGCACAUCUCCUUUUUCUCCUUUGCCCUUGUGUUUUUUCCUCUAGUGUCUGCACAGCUACCACGAUCCACAAACACCACUGAACGGGGUUCUCUUUGGAGGGAAAGCCCAACGCAGACCCCCGCCAAAGGGGCAUUGUUGGGCAUGGAAGGCCAGGCGUCGGCAAAGAACGGCGACACAUGGCACGGCGGCAACGUUUCCUUGAUGGAGGCCUCACAAGCAUCCGGAGUGAAGGAAUCCCAGCUCAAGCCACCUGCGGUCCUCUCCGCCAGGGAUGGCAAAGGCAUGGGGGAAGCCCCAUCUGUUGGCGGCCCCCCAGGGACGGACGUUUCAGUGAGGUACUUGUCUGGAGAGAUGGAUGAAGAGAAGAACGAGUCGGGCCUUUGUCUGGGCUGUUUGGCGAUGGGAGGGGAAAAUUGGGAGGCCGCUCAAGCGUGGGAGCCUUUGUUGGGCCAGCGAGAGGAUGAGAGGCCCAUGGAGGCAUUGUCUGGGGGAACUAGCUUUGCUAAGCCCCCCGAGGGACUGGACGUGGCUUGGAAGUUAUCGGACAAGAAAGAGACACCAGGGAUGCCUUCGCCCGAUAGCCAAGAGGAAACCAGUAGUGGAGACCAGCAUGCUCGGGCUGCCCCAGAUCUGGAGGAUUUGGCCGAAUGGACCACAGUCCUGACUGACCUCCAGUUUCAUACCGAGACAACUUCACCAUCUGGUCACAACAAUGCUGAAGGAAGCCUUCUCCUUGACACGCUCGGGGGUAAGGGGUCCACCACUCCGGUGCUGAGCGGUGGGCCCACUUCAAAGGUGGCCGGUGGGGUGCCAGGCCAAGACUCGGCCCAAAAGGAGGAACCUUUGGAAUUGUGGGUGGAAACGGUGUCCACCAUCUUGCCGGAGGAAGGAGCGCAAGGCCGUACGGACCUGAGCUGGCCUGAGGCAGGGACCCCGUCACCGGCACCAGUCACACCUCUGACCCCGAAGGCAUCCCCAGACCCCUUGGCCUCAGAAAUCAUUGACAUCGAUUACUAUGACCUGUUUGAUGGGGAGGGCUUAGGGGGUCCCGGUCCAGAUUCCACCAAGAGGAAACCGUCAGAGGACAAAGGGAUGUCGUGGUCCCUCCACGACCUUUACGAUGACUUCACGCCUUUUGACGAGGCCGAUUUCUACCCCACCACCUCCUUCUACACGGAUGGGGACGAGGAAGACCUGGAGGAGCCUGAGGAGGAAGAGGAGGAGGAAGAGGAGGAGGAAGAAGAGGAUGUGGGGGGUGGGUUGGCUCGGGACCUGGAGGAUGAGAACGACUUCCGGUCCCCCACCGUGGCCCCGUCCAAGACCCAGACCGUAGGGCAAGAAGCAGAACCCACUAGCCGGCGUUACCUUGUCCCUCCACUACAGACUUUUAUCAUCUCCGGGGGGAGUGGCGUGGCCAGUCCCAGGCCCCCUCCGGCCGAAACAGGAAGGGACCUUCACCUGUCGGUUGGCAGUGGCACAAGUGAGAACGGCACUGAGUGCCGUAGCGGCUACAUCCGGCACAACACUUCCUGCCGCUCCGUGUGUGACACUUUCCCCAGCUACUGCCAUAACGGAGGACAGUGCUACCUGGUGGAGAACCUGGGCGCCUUCUGCAGGUGCAACACCCAAGACUACAUCUGGCAUAAAGGGAUGCGCUGUGAGUCCAUCAUCACAGACUUCCAAGUGAUGUGUGUGGCCGUCGGCUCGGCCGCCCUGGUGGUGCUUCUCCUCUUCAUGAUGACCGUCUUCUUUGCCAAGAAACUCUACCUGCUCAAAACGGAGAACAGCAAGCUACGCAAGACCAAAUACCGAACUCCGUCCGAGCUCCACAAUGACAACUUCUCCCUGUCAACAAUUGCCGAGGGCUCCCACCCAAAUGUAAGGAAAUUUUGUGACACCCCGUGUAACCUCUCCCCUCAUGCCCGUGCAUUGGCUUACUAUGAUAACAUUAUCUGUCAGGAUGACCCCAAUGCCCCUCACAAGCUUCAAGACCCCUUGAAAUCCUGCCUGAAAGAAGAGGAAUCCUUUAACAUUCAGAACUCCAUGUCUCCCAAGCUGGACAACGGGAAAGGGGACCUGGAUGACGCAGACGUCAAUUGCUUGCAGAACAACCUGACCUGACCGGAGGCAAGGAACGAGAUGGAGAGAAGUGCAAAAUGAAAAGGGGAAAAGAAAAGGAGAGAAAAAGUUUAAUGCCAGCACGAGAGCCAUUCCCUAGUGUACAAAAUCUCAUUUCUUGUAAUUGUUCCGGUUCUUCUUUUUCCCCCCCUUCUUCCCCUGCACCCCCAACUUCAUAGCAUGCUUUGGUUUUUUUUUUUUCAGCAAAAUAAA